CCCCAGAACAUGGCUACAUUCCUGUAAGUUGUCAUUUGUAGAUCUAUGUUGAUCUAAUGUCAAGCUUUUUCUUUAAAAAAAAGCUUCCCAAUUAUUUAGCCGAAUCAUUGUCCAAAGUAAAACGUUUUCAUGACCCUCAGGAUAGCCCCACUCUAAGUGGAUUGACAAGAAGUUCAUCAACCGAUAGUUUAGACAGUGUGUCAGCAUCCUUCAGUAACUUCAAAGUCAAAGAGUUUGGACAAGUCACCAAUACGGUCAAAGCCAUUGAACGCAAAGGACCAGAGGCAGGACAGGUCAAGACGUUUCAAUUACCUAGUCUGAUCACGCCUGUCAGUUUGUUUGGGAAGAGAAUCAGAUAUUCUAUUUUAGAGUACACACCUCUUUUAGAUUCGUGUGACAUUACGAUGUCAGAUUGGGUCCGUAUUGCGGGCGAUAUUGAAGCCAACUACCAGCUUUAUGAUGCCUUUAUUGUACUUCAUGGCACAGACACAAUGGCUUAUACCGCCAGUGCACUAAGCUUCAUGCUGGAAGAACUGGGAAAAACAGUCAUUAUUACGGGUUCACAGGUUCCGCUGACGGAGGUUAGAAAUGAUGCUGUAGAGAACUUGCUAAGUGCCUUAACAAUUGCUGGUCAUUUUGUUAUUCCUGAAGUAUCACUUUACUUUGGAAAGAAGUUGUAUAGAGGAAAUAGAACAAGUAAAAUAAGUGCUGUUGAUUUUGAAGCGUUUGAUUCACCUAAUUUACCUUCACUCGUGGACGUUGGUAUUAAUAUUGGUAAGUUACAACAUGUUUUGCAAUGUCUUUUUUGCUCAUUUUUAUUAGAUGUAAACUGGCCACUUGUUCUGCGUCCAACACAAAUUGCUAAAUUUCAUGUCAAUACUCAUUUAAACCCUAAUGUCGGCUCUUUACGUUUAUUCCCUGGUAUCAGCAGCUCAACCAUCAAAACAUUUUUAGCUCCACCUAUUCAAGGCAUUGUCUUGGAAACGUUUGGAGCAGGUAAUGCGCCCUGUCGCGCUGAUUUAUUAAGCGCAUUGAAAGAGGCCAGCGAUCGAGGUGUCGUGAUUGUCAACUGCACACAAUGCCGCAAGGGUCUCGUGACUGAUGCAUAUGCCACAGGAAAGCAAUUGGCUGCAGUGGGUGUCGUACCUGGUGCUGAUAUGACACCAGAAUGUGCGCUGACGAAACUUGCUUAUCUCCUUGGCAAAUCUCCUGAUAAUCCAGACUAUGUUCGAAAGAUGAUGACCAGAAACCUCCGAGGAGAACUGACGGUACGUACGCCUUAUCAACGGUUUACUGCAUCUAUGGGUCGAACAAGCAUGUUGUUGAAUAUCUUUAUGAAAUAUGCUGCACAUAGUAAGGUAGCAGCACGAAAGGGGUUAGAGAGCGGCAAUCACAUGGUAAACGACCAAGACUUGACCAUGUCGGUUGAGGAGGAAAUAUUGGCCCAGAAAGCGCUUAACCCUGUGUUACUCUGUUCAGCGGUCAGUGCAAAUGACCUGGAUGGUCUCAAAUUGUUAGUGGAAGGAAUGGAAGAAGUAGUGAAUUUGAACUGUGUUGAUUACGAUGGUAGAGUACCCCUUCAUGUAGCUUGUCGUGGGGGAUACUACAAGAUUGUAGAGUAUCUUUUAUUACAUGGUGCAUCUAUCCAUGUUCGUGAUCGGUCGGGUCACACACCGCUAUUUGAUGCAGUAGUCGAGAGACAUGCGGAUGUAGUAAACAUUUUGAGAGAGGCUGGUGCUCAUUUAGCAGAGAGUGAGAUUAAUGAUAUGGGCCCCUAUUGGUUUAAAGCAAUCAAGACAAAUAACCUUAGAUGGGUUCAGAUAGCACUCGAUGCUGGCUUUGAUGUUAAUUGGUGUGACCCUAUUGAAGGAAGACACGGAUUAGAUAUCGCAAUAUGUCAAGGAAGACUGACUAUGUUCAAGACACUCAUCAACCAUCCCAAUAUUGAUCUCAAUUCUGUAGAUAAAUGGGGAAUGUCUACUUUGGAUAAAGUACAGAUGCUCAAGGAUAAAGCACCAUCGAACUUGGAAUCUUUAAAGAAAUCUGAAGCCUUGGAAGAAAUGGAAAUGAUGAUUAAAAACAGAAAAUAAACAUGUUACCAUGACCACUCUUGACUUCUUGAUAACUGUGCUGGUCUGGAACUCAAAUCAAAGUUAGCCUUGAUGUAGUCUAGGAGAAUGGUGCUAAAUU